UUUGAUCGCUCCGCAGCAGCGGAAACUUGACGCGGGGUUGCUGUCGUCAGCCUGCAGCAUCAGAAAAUAACAGGCUAAACAGAGGCAUUUAUCCCGGGUUUUAUCCUCGCUGUGGAAGAUGGUGGCUAAACAGAGGAUCCGCAUGGCCAACGAGAAACACAGCAAGAACAUCACUCAGAGAGGAAACGUGGCCAAGACGCUGCGACCGCAAGAGGAGAAGUAUCCUGUGGGUCCCUGGCUGCUCGCCCUCUUUGUAUUUGUUGUGUGCGGAUCAGCCAUAUUUCAGAUCAUCCAGAGCAUCCGUAUGGGGAUGUGAUCCAGAGGGAGACUCUGGACCCCCGUCCCCCCUCAUGCCCUCACUGAGCCCGGCUAGCCCGCUCCUGCACACUCGCGACCCUCCUCCAGCCACGUCCAGAGGCCCAGAGACUGAUGCCAGACCUCGGAGAGAGAAGCUUCCCCCGUUCGCCGCCUCCACCACCAUCCUCCUCUACGGACAUGCCCCUGCCCUCAAUCAGUGUUUACAGUGUUGCAGUCUGUGGUACUGACAGCUUUUCUAUGAACAGUCUAAAACCACACCGGCUGGAGAACAAUGUGUGUUUCAUUAUUCACUUUGGCACCUGUGUGUGAGUGUGUGCGCGUGUGUGUGUGUGAGACUGUGCGGCCAGUGAUUCCUGCUAACAACGUGCCAUAUUUGUCUAUUUCACUGUUGGUCUGUGCUGUGUGAGAAGAAUGUUUUUUUCAAAUAAAUGUUGAGCAUUUA